GCCAUCUUUAGCAGUCGUGCAGCUACGCUAGAGGAAAAAUGGUUUUUUUUCUCUCGCCUAUAAAUAUUUGUUGAGAUAAAUCGAUUUAGAGUCCAAUGCAAUUAAAAUUGAAUUCGAUUCAAGUGCCAGGAAUUUAAGAAACACGCCUCGUGGAUGGUGGAUUUAUAAACACAAAAAACAAAGGUAAUAAAAAUAUAUAAACAAAAUGACCCAAUAUCUACCGCCAAAUCUAUUGGCGUUAUUCGCCUCGCGGGAUCCAAUACCAUUUAUGCCGCCGGUGGAUAAAUUGCCACACGAAAAGAAAUCGCGGGGCUAUUUAGGCGUUGCCAAAUUCAUGGACGACUUCGAGGACCCAAAGGAUACACCGCUGCCGAAAACCGUUGAGACGCGCCAGGAGCGUCUCGAGCGGCGGCGUCGCGAAAAAGCGGAACAAGUCGCCUACAAGCUGGAACGCGAAAUAGCUUUGUGGGAUCCAACUGAAAUCAAGAAUGCCACGGAGGAUCCAUUUCGUACGCUGUUCAUAGCACGCAUCAAUUACGACACCUCCGAGUCUAAGUUGAGGCGCGAAUUUGAGUUCUACGGCCCCAUCAAGAAGAUCGUGCUCAUUCAUGAUCAGGACUCAGGUAAACCCAAAGGCUACGCCUUUAUUGAGUACGAGCACGAGCGUGAUAUGCACGCGGCGUACAAGCACGCCGAUGGUAAGAAGAUUGACAGCAAGCGUGUUCUGGUGGAUGUUGAACGGGCCCGCACUGUCAAGGGCUGGCUGCCACGACGUCUGGGUGGUGGAUUGGGCGGUACCCGGCGCGGUGGCAACGAUGUGAAUAUCAAGCACUCCGGCCGUGAGGAUAAUGAGCGCGAACGUGAACGCUAUCGCUUGGAACGCGAGCGUGAGGAUCGUGAAGGUGGUGGUGGUGGUGGUGGGCGUGGUGGUGUAGGCAGUAAUGGCAUCGAUUCACGUGGCGGCGGCCGCGGUGCACCGUACGGCGCUGGUGUUGUGGGCGGCAGCGAGCGGCGUCGGUCGCGUUCCCGCGAUCGUCGGGAUCGUGAUCGUGACCGUGGCAGUCGUGUCAUGGGUCGCUCACGCAGUCGUUCGCGUGAGCGGAGGAAACGUCGCGCCGGCAGCCGGGAGCGUGACUAUGACGAUUUCGAUGGUCGACGCGACAGACGGGACAGGGAUCGCGAUCGUGAUCGUGAGCGUGAAAAGAAAAAGAAGCGCUCCAAGUCACGCGAGCGUGAAUCGUCACGCGAGCGGCGCGAUCGCAAGCGCGAGCGACGUGAUCGUGAUCGGGGUGGCGUCGAACGCGGUGCCGGCGGCGAUCGUGAUGUUAAGGAGCGUAAACCCGAUUUCCGUGAAAUGGAUAUGAUUAAGAUUAAGGAGGAGCCCAUUGAUGAUGGCUAUCCGACGUAUUCAAUGAACGAUUAUCAGAAUACGGCCAUUAAACGUGAACUGGAUGAUGAGAACGAGGAGAAAUAUCGGCCGCCCGCUGCACAUCACAAUAUGUUCAGUGUGCCUCCACCGCCGAUACUUGCGCGCAGCAAUAGCAAUAGCAACUCUGACAAUGGUGGACAAAAUGCCAACGAUCCGGCAUGGUGGCGACAGUGAGUGAGUCCUCUACGUGUACAUGGUCCUGGUCAACGGAUGGUAAUCGAUACGAUUAACGAUAACAACUUUUCAGAGUUAUUAUUGCGUAAUUAACAAACUUUGCUGGAUGGUAAUACUACAUUUAAUACACUAGAAUCGUAAUUACAAUCAAUCAUUUGGGGGCGCAAUCGAAAUUAACGAUUGCUUUCAACAUAUUUAUUCAAUUGAAAUUUGCAAUUCAUAGCAAUACAGUGGGACGAUGCAGUAUUCGGAUACAACGAAGCGUAAGACAUGCUGUAAGUCCGUUUAAAUGCUGUUGGAGCACUUGUUAACUUCCAUUUUCAAAUUUACCAUAAAUACAACAAGAGAAAAAAAAAACAACAAAGAAAGUAAAACAAUAUAAAAAAAAAAAGAAAACAAAAAAAAAAAACAGACACAAAAACGUAAAUCAACAAUUAAUUGUGCAUAGCUUAAAUACGUUUAAAUAUGUAAGUAAUUCUAAACAAUUGAAAUGAAGAGUAAGUAAAAAUAAAUCCGAUCAAGAUGUGUGUGUUUGAUUCCCCACCUUUGGUAAGGGGGUAUAUGGGAAUGCCUUGGUGUGUAAGAGUAUCCCUCGUCCUGGAUCCACAUGGCUAAAACCGAUGCACUUCAGCACCGAUUGGUUGGUUUGUUUGGUCAAAAAUACUUAAGCAA